ACUAUGUGGCCCAAUAUCAGUGAGGCCCCCUUUUUGCUGACUGGUUUCCCAGGGCUACCGGGAGCUCAUCAUUGGAUCUCCUUCUCCUUCUUUGCAGUCUAUGUCUCUAUUCUUCUUGGCAAUGGUGCACUCCUCUAUCUUAUCAAGGAUGACCAAAGUCUUCACAAACCCAUGUACUAUUUCCUUGCCAUGCUGGCAGGCACAGACAUCAUGGUGACAUUGACUACUAUGCCCACAGUGAUGGGCGUCUUGUGGACAAAUCACAGGGAAAUUAGCCAUGCAGGCUGCUUCUUGCAAGCCUACUUCAUUCACUCCCUCUCUGCUGUAGAAUCAGGUAUCCUCCUUGCCAUGGCCUAUGAUCGCUUCAUUGCCAUCCGCAAUCCUUUGAGGUACGCAUCUAUUCUCAGCAAUACUCAAGUGGUAAAGUUAGGAGUGGGGAUUUUUCUGAGGGGUUUUUUAUCCAUCAUACCUUUAAUUGUACGUCUUUUUUCAUUUUCAUAUUGCCAAUCUCAUAUUCUUUCUCAUCCUUUCUGCCUUCAUCAAGAAGUCAUGAAACUGGCCUGUGCUGAUAUAACUUUCAAUAGACUUUACCCUGUAAUACUUAUGUGUCUCACAAACUUCUUAGACUCCCUUAUUAUCAUUUUCUCCUAUAUUCUAAUUGUUAAGACUGUUAUAGGCAUUGCCUCUGGUGAAGAGAGGGCCAAAGCACUCAACACCUGUAUUUCCCAUGUUAGUUGUGUGCUCAUCUUCUACGUCACAGUCAUUGGUCUGACAUUCAUCCACAGAUUUGGGAGGAAUGUUCCAAAGGUGGUCCACAUCAUUAUGAGCUAUGUCUACUUUCUCUUCCCUCCUUUAAUGAAUCCCAUCAUCUAUAGCAUCAAGACCAAGCAAAUCCAAUAUGGCCUUAUCCGCCUUUUCUCUAAACAUAGAUUUUGUGGUUAA